GAUUUGAAUCGCUCGGUUGCCUCUUCGAUGGCAGACGCGACUAGAACAAGAAAGACGCCACGAAAGACGCCACGAAAGACUCCCGGUAAAACUCCGAGGAAACAACCUAAACAUCCAACUGACCCUGUGGAGGUCUACUGCCGGCUAAAACCUCUCAGCGACGAAGACGACGACGUUUGUGCCACCAGGAUUUCAAGUACACUUCUUCAGUUAGAGCCUCCAGAGUUUUGUCAGUCAUACAAGGCUGGUCAUCGUAAUGCCACUCAAUACACAUUUCAACAUGUGUUUGAUGUCGAUGUCGAUCAGAAGGACGUGUUUGAACGUCUGUGUGUUCCGAUGGUGGAAGACAUGCUGAAAGGAAAGAACGGUCUUUUGUUUGCGUUUGGUAUCACGGGUUCUGGUAAGACAUACACUAUGACAGGAGAGCCUGGCAAUGGUGGAAUGCUACCACGCAGUAUGGAUGUCAUUUUCAAUUCUAUUGCUCAUCUGCAAGCAGAACGAUUUGUGUUCAAAUGUGACCAAGUGAAUUCAUACGAGAUCCAGUCAGAAUUCAAUGCCAAAAUGGAGCAACAAAGAUUUAAAGCAAUGCAGAGAGCAAAGAAUAUCAAUGGUGGUACCGACAGUCCUGAUUUCAUUCGUGUUCCCGACACCAUGAAAAUCGAGGAAGUGGACGAAGACAACGUUUACUCAGUGUUCGUCUCCUUCAUUGAAAUCUACAACAACUACAUUUACGAUCUUCUGGAAGAGACAGACAAUGAAGAACUACAUCCAAAGCCUCCUCAGUCGAAGACUCUACGUGAAGAUUUGAAUCAUCAGAUGUUUGUCAGUGGAGCUACAGAGAUAGAAGUGAAGAGCACCGAAGAGGCAUACGAACUUUUAUGGAAAGGGAAGCAGAGACGACGAGUCGCUCUAACGCAACUCAAUCACGAGUCGAGUCGCAGUCACAGCGUGUUCAACAUCCGGAUUGUUGCCGCUCCACUUGACAGCUCGGGAACGGAAGUGAUUGCGGAUAAGUCGUUGAUGAUGGUCAGUCAGUUGUCGUUGGUUGAUCUUGCUGGAUCGGAGAGGACGUCACGAACACGAGCCACCGGAGACAGGCUGAGAGAAGCUGGUAAUAUCAAUGCCAAUCUAAUGGUGUUACGUACGUGUAUGGAGACAUUGAGAGAGAAUCAAACAAACGGAACAACGAGAAUUGUGCCGUACAGAGAUUCCAAACUUACUCACAUGUUCAAGAACUAUUUCGAUGGAGAAGGAAAGGUACGUAUGGUGGUGUGCAUCAGUCCAAGAGCCGAAGACUACGACGAGAGCGUUCACAUCAUGAAGUUUGCCGAAUUGGCACAAGAAGUUCAAGUGGCAAGAGCACGACCCAGAAGAAUUGAGUUUGAGGGUUUGACUCCAGGGAGGAGGAAUGCUCCGAAACUGUACAGAGAGGCGAUGGAUCAGUUGGAGGCAAUGAAACAAGGUGGCGACGAGAACUUCCCUCAUCCGGUCCUCGCAUCUGCACCAUCCGUCAGCCAAAUACCGAUGACCUUCUCAUUCCCACUCAUCACGGCUCCCGAGGAUCUCUUUCUUUACGAUUUCUUUCCGGGAACGCGACGUCACAAGCUGACGACGUGUGACGAUGAGUCGGUUCUGCCCUCGUUCCUUCAAGCUUUGACUGAAAAGCAAGAGAUUAGACGUUCACUGCUGGAGGAUUUUGCAGCGAAACAGAGACAAAUGAGAGAUUUGUUGACUCGUGUUGAUGAGGGAUACAGAGACUUGCAUCAGGCUCUUUCUGAAGCUAACGAGGCCGCAGUUACUAAAGACCGCGAGAUUAAGAAAAUUGAGAAACGAGUGAAAACAACUGAGAAGAAGGCUCUUCAAGACGUGAGACAACAGUGGGAGCAGGACUCAGAACGGAAACUUGCAGCUCUGAGACGAUCAAUGGAAGAGAAAAUAUGGAGAAAGGAUGAGAAACUCAGGCAGCUGAAAGAGAUUGUUCAGCAAUCAAAGAAACCAGCAGCACGUGAAGUCGCUGCACCACCCGUUCAGGACCUUAGACAGGUUCCUGCAGUACGAUCUCGGAGAAAGCGUUCGCUAUCAGCCGAAACCUGGUUGGAACACAAGCCUGCUUCUAGCCUCAAAACGGACACGGUUCUACAGCCUCAACUGAAAAAGAAGAAAACAGUGCAAACGCCAAAGCUAAAGCAUUUGAGGGAAGAAACUGGAGGCUGUUCGAAAUAUGUGUUGACUCAUCAAGAGCAGGACUCACAGGGAGAAGUGGAAACGCGUCUAUAUAAAGGCGAAGUCUGGAAAACUCGUGGUGGCGGAGCUGCCAUGCAGUUUACUGACAUCGAAAAGCUGAAGUCCGAGGAUCCGAUCGCAACAGAAAUAAGAGAGAGGCGCAGCCAUUCUGCACCCCCUAGCUGCAGUUCGGAGUCAGAGUUGAGCGUUGACUGUGCGAGUGACACAACAGACGUUGGAACAAGGUGUGGGUAUGGCAUCGAAGGUCGUGCAGGAUCAGUACCCGGAUAUACGAAUGCGUACGCAGAGAGAUCGCCUGGAAAGAAAUCGAAAUGAAGACGAGUCGGUACGUGUUGGUAGAGAAAUUAGAGGCAGACUGUCUGGCUGUUGAUUAGAUGCUAGAAGAUGUGCUUAUUGUAUUUGGUGGAGAUACUGAUGAGCUCUAGAUAUUAGUAUGUAUACACACAAGGCAAUAAACUAGUAAUUCGUUAGCAAUCAAA